ACAGUUCUGGUUUUCAAAUAAAAAUGAUUAGGGCCUUUCUAUACUAAGGUAACGAUAUGUAACAUUUUUGAUUCACCACAUUAAAUACUUAUAUUUUAUAUCUUGGAAAAUGUGUAUUUAAAUUAUAAUGUAUUUUGAAGAUUGGCCAACGGCAUGGUGGAUUUUUGGGUUUAUUACAACGCGCUUUAGCUCGAGCAUCACCUCAUAUUUGGUUUGAAAGGGGAGAGGCAAAGGAUCGACACGCAGUGGCCGAACGCCUUAAACAGCACGUAUCAAAUCCAAAUAAUCCUCCCAUACUGAUAUUCCCCGAGGGUACCUGCAUUAACAACACAUCCGUUAUGCAAUUUAAAAAAGGCAGCUUCGAAGUAGGAGGGGUUAUUUAUCCGGUGGCUAUCAAAUACGACCCUCGUUUCGGAGAUGCAUUCUGGAAUAGCUCAAAAUAUUCGAUGAUGCAAUAUUUAUAUAUGAUGAUGACUUCAUGGGCUAUUGUAUGUGAUGUUUGGUACUUGCCACCUAUGUACCGACAAGAGGGCGAAUCAGCUAUAGAUUUUGCCAAUCGUGUCAAAAGUGUCAUAGCAAAACAGGGCGGACUAGUAGAUCUAGUUUGGGAUGGGCAGCUCAAACGAAUGAAACCAAAGAAAGAAUGGAAGGAAAUGCAACAAGUAGAGUUUACUAAACGUUUGAAAGGCGACUAACAAUUUCUUACACCCUAUUUCUAAGUCUCAUAUUUAAUUUUUAUGUUAAAAUGCGAGAAAACCAAAAUACAUUCGCUGAUAUUAUA